GCAUCGCAUUCCAGAAUCCCAGGAUACACAACCCACCAGCGAAAUCCCCAUCUUCUCUCGAACAAGCGAUGGCCCCCAAGGCGGAGAAGAAGCCGGCGGCGAAGAAGCCCGUGGAGGAGGAGCCCGCGACGGAGAAGGCCGAGAAGGCCCCGGCUGGCAAGAAGCCCAAGGCGGAGAAGCGGCUGCCGGCGGGCAAGACCGCCUCCAAGGAGGGCGGCGGCGAGAAGAGGGGGAGGAAGAAGGGCAAGAAGAGCGUGGAGACCUACAAGAUUUAUAUCUUCAAGGUCCUCAAGCAGGUCCACCCCGACAUCGGCAUCUCCUCCAAGGCCAUGUCGAUCAUGAACUCCUUCAUCAACGACAUCUUUGAGAAGCUGGCCGGUGAGGCAGCCAAGCUCGCCCGCUACAACAAGAAGCCCACCAUCACCUCCCGGGAGAUCCAGACUUCUGUCCGCCUCGUCCUCCCUGGGGAGCUCGCCAAGCAUGCCGUUUCAGAGGGCACCAAGGCAGUCACCAAAUUCACCUCCUCUUAGGUUACGUUGCCUGUAUCUAGUAGUAAUCGUAGUCGAUGUCGACUCUGGUUAUCUGCUGUAGAUUAGUAGUACUAAUCAUGGAUGGAAUUGACGGAUGCUGGCCAUUGUGUCGGUUGUUGUGUGUUGCUUUUGGGAACUGUGAUCUAGAGUAUCACAAGCAUUUCCCUAUUAUUUGACUUAUCAAUUCCUGUGAUAAUUUGAUUGAUACUUAUUCCGUUCUAAAAUACAACUCAUAUAGAUUUUUUU